UCCUGGUUGCUUGGCCCACUUGUUGUUUUGUGUGCUCAAAUCUUGUUCAUCCUUAUAAAUCCUGCAUAAAGCAAAUGAAAUAUCCAGUUGGGUGUUUCACAUAUUCCCAAGAUUUUGAAACCUCAAAUUUCCCAAAUAAAGUUUAAGGUUUUAAGGUUAGGACAGAACACAAAUGGCUGCCAUGAAUAUGUCUGGUCCAUCAUCAGCUUUUCCCAGAUUACAGACACAGAAGGUCUUUUCUUUGUCCAAUGCACAACUCGUAAAUCUGACUGAGGCAAACAUAUUUACAUCAGACUCUUCUAGUGCAGUGGGUAGUAGAUCUGGUUUUUGUAUUAAGGCUAUUAACAAAGUCAAUUCCACUCUACCAUCUGGAAGCAGAGGCCUGUAUUCUCAUCCUAAAAGCUGGAGAAGUACUCUUCACUGUUCAUCUUCAGCUGGGAUCGAGGUACAGCCUGAUUCGAUAGCUCUAGGAACACUUUCAGCAGACACCUCUCCUUCAGGCAGUAUUUUCCCUGUUGACAGUAAUGAAUAUGACUUGGAUCAUCCCACAGUUGGAUUGUCAUCCAUUCCGCAGGCCAUUGAAGACAUUCGUCAAGGAAAGAUGGUGGUGGUUGUAGAUGACGAGGACAGAGAAAAUGAAGGAGAUCUAAUUAUGGCGGCAUCAAAGGUUACGCCCGAGGCUAUGGCUUUUAUUGUUAAACAUGGAACUGGAAUUGUUUGUGUGAGCAUGAAAGAAGAGGACUUGGAGAGGUUGCAGCUUCCUCAGAUGGUUACUCAUAAAGAUAAUGAGGAGAAACUUACUACUGCAUUUACAGUGUCAGUGGAUGCUAAAAAAGGUACAACUACAGGAGUCUCAGCUCGUGAUAGGGCAACAACAAUACUGACCCUUGCAUCCAAAGAUUCAAAACCAGAGGAUUUCAAUCGUCCAGGCCAUAUAUUUCCAUUGAGAUACAGGGAGGGAGGUGUUUUAAAGAGAGCUGGUCAUACAGAAGCUUCUGUUGAUCUUACUGUGCUGGCUGGACUUGAACCAGUUUCAGUUUUAUGCGAGAUUGUAGAUGAAGAUGGUUCCAUGGCUCGAUUACCAAAGCUUCAGGAAUUCGCAAAAAAGGAGAACAUAAAAAUUGUGUCUAUCGCUGAUCUUAUCAGAUAUAGAAGGAAGAGGGAUCACCUGGUGGAACGUGCUUCUUCUGCCAGAAUACCUACAAUGUGGGGACCAUUUACUUCCUACUGUUACCGGUCAAUUAUAGAUGGAAUUGAACAUAUCGCAAUGGUUAAGGGUGAAAUAGGGGAGGGAGUAGAUAUUCUCGUCAGGGUACACUCAGAAUGCCUCACAGGAGAUAUAUUUGGGUCCGCAAGAUGUGAUUGUGGGAACCAGCUUGGACUGGCGAUGCAACAAAUUGAAGCUGCAGGAAGGGGUGUAUUAGUAUACCUCCGUGGGCAUGAAGGAAGGGGAAUCGGAUUGGGCCACAAGCUCCGUGCUUAUAAUCUGCAAGAUGAUGGACGUGACACUGUUGAAGCAAACGAAGAAUUGGGCCUACCUGUUGAUUCAAGAGAGUAUGGUAUUGGUGCUCAGAUACUAAGAGAUCUAGGGGUUCGAACAAUGAAACUAAUGACGAACAACCCUGCAAAAUAUAUAGGGCUCAAGGGUUAUGGUUUAGCAGUUUCAGGAAGAGUUCCCCUAGUGACCCUUAUUACAAAGGAAAACAAGAGAUAUCUAGAAACAAAACGUGCAAAAAUGGGUCAUGUUUACAGCCAAGGAUUCAAUAGCAAUGUCAUCAAUGUUGUCACUGAAGAUGGCAAACCAAGCACUGGAGAGCAAUCCAAGUUGUAAUGUGCCUUCUUCCGAUUCAGAAAUGACACAACUGAGAUGUUUACAUAGCUUUUUCUUUAGUAUCAACUCAAAGGUAAUAUAUUAUAUCGUUUUAUUGAUUAGAUUCAGUAAGAUCGUAUUGAUGAGAAGAGAAAUCUACAAUACAAUGCCAUAAUUAUCAAAGUUUUAGCCAAAGGGUAUAUUAGCCAGUAACCAUGACAUAUUGCAUUGGCAUAAAAUUGGAAGUUCUAAUACUACUCUGAAUAUGGGUGUGGGGAAACCAAGUACAAUCAACAUUUGUUCUGUCUUAAGCUCUAUGGUCCGCAGAUUAUGAUAUCUGAAGCAAAAUGUAAAAGAUAUACUGCUAGAGACCCUGAAUUGUGUCCCAAAAAAGAAUUCCCGAAAGAUGUGGCAUAUGUAACGUGGCCGUAUGGUGUAUUUUAAUCGGUGAUAUUGAUGUGCACAUAAGAUACGAUCUUAUUUAAUUGCGAAUGCAUAUGAUUAGAGAGGUGA